AUGAAGACUGAUGUGUUUUUCCUGUAUCUCCUGCUGCCCAUUGUGCUUGAUGCCAGCUAUUUCAUGCCCACUCGCCUAUUCUUUGAGAACAUUAGCACCAUUUUCUGGUAUGCUGUGGUAGGGGCACUUAGGAAUUCUAUUGGCAUUGGGGUGUCUUCGUUUGGUAUCUGCCAGAUCGAAGCAUUUGGUCUCAGUGACAUCACUUUGCUCUAUAAUCUGCUCUUCAGCAGUUUAAUUUCCACUGUGGAUCCUGUGGCUGUGCUAGCCGUCUUGGAGAACAUUCAUGUCAAUGAGCAGGUGUCCAUCCUGGUCUUCGGAGAUGCAGUGACAGUGGUGAGUAACACGUGCCUGCUGCAUCACUCCGGCCCAUUGCCCAUCUGCACUGGCUCUGACGGUGACAGCUGGGGUGACUCCUGCAAGGAGGGUGGCUUCAUGGUCCUGUGCAACUUGUUCAAGUGCUUUUGCCAGAUGACAACCAUUGAGACCAUCGACGUGUUUGCAGGAAUUGCUAACUUCUCUGUUGUGGGAAUAGGUGGGGUGUUGAUCGGCAUCUUCCUGAUCUUCAUAGCAGCAUUUACGACCCGCUUCACUUACAGUAUCCAAGUGAUUGAGCCACUCUUUGUUUUCCUGUACAGUUAUUUGUCCUACAUAACGGCCGGAAUGUUUCACCUCUCAGGCAUCAUGCCCACUUUUGAGAGACAGCGGUCCCAGCAGUGCUCGUGCCCCUCCCUGGCAUUGCUGCAGACGAAGCCAAGCCAUUCACACUGUGCCCGCUGCAAUGAUACCUACACCCUACCCCAGAACAAUACCAUCAAGCUCUACAAGGAGCUCCGGUGCCCACUUAACGACUUUGAGCUGGUCCUGUGGUUCUCUGGCUCACAGGGCAAGAGCUACCCACUGUGCCCCUUCUGCUACAACCACCCGCCCUCCCAAGACAUGAAGAACAGGACUGGCACAUCUUCACAUUCAUCAUGUGAUUCACCAGGAUAUCAAGGUCCAGAACGUACUGCUGACCGAGAACGCAGAGGUGAAACUUGUGUGAGUGUUCAGCUGGACAGGAUGAUUGGGCAGAGAAAUACGUUCAUAGGCACCUCCUACUGGAUGGCUCCUGAGGUCAUUGCCUGUGACAAGAACGCAGGCGCCACCUAUGACUACAGAGAGUGCCAAUGGUGGGAGACGGAGGAGCACCGGCAGGCAGAGAGGCUCCAGAGCCGCUUGCACCAAGAACAAGCAUAUUUCCUGUCUCUACAGCGUGACCACAGGAGGCUGCACCCACAGCAGCCGCAACCACCGCCGCAGCAGGAAAGGAGCAAGCCAAGCUGUCGCGCUCCCGAGCCCAAACCCCACUAUGAGCCUGCUGACAGAGCUCAAGAGGUGGAAGAUAGAUUUAGGAAAACUAACCAUAGCUCCCCUGACCAGUCUAAGCAGACAGGCAGAGUAUUGGAACCACCAGGGCCUUCCCGAUCGUCUUUCUCCAGUGGCAACUCUGAGUCUGUGCAUCCUGCCCUGCAGAGACCAGCAGAGCCACAGGUUCCUGUGAGAACAACAUCUCAUUCCCCUGUUUUGUUCUGUUGGGAUUCCCCACUGCAGGGCAGCGGACAGCAAAAUAGCCAAGCAGGACAAAGAAACUCCACCAGCAGUAUUGAGCCCUGGCUCCUAUGGAAGAGAGUGGAGAAGCUGGUGCCCAGGCCUGGCAGUGGCAGCUCCUCAGGGUCCAGCAACUCAGGUUCCCAGCCUGGCUCCCACCCUGGGUCUCAGAGUGGCUCUGGGGAACGCUUCAGAGUGAGACCAUCAUCCAAGUCUGAAGGCGCUCCAUCUCAGUGCCUUUAAAAUGCAGCAAAACACCCUGAAGAUAAAAAAGUUUUUAGACUUCUCAAGCCUGUGGACAGGAUUUAUUUGACUGCACUGGCCAUAGGGCUUCGAGCAGUGGAAGAUGUGCGGCCACCUCACAAAGUGACGGACUACUCCUCGUCCAGUGAGGAAUCGUGGACGACAGACAAGGACGAAGACAUGGAACAGGAAGGGGCUGGUGAGUCCACCUCUGGACCAGAGGACACCAGAGCAACGUCAUCUCGGAAUUUGAGCAAUGGUGAAACAGAGUCCGUGAAAACCGUGAUUGUCUGUGAUGAUGCAGAGAGUGAACUGGCCAUGACCCCAUCCAAGGGGGGCACUCUGAUCAUCUGCCAGAGAACAGUUGACCAAAAGUGUGCCAGCCAUCAUGAGAGCAACAGCUUUGCCGGUCGCAUUCACCUCUUGCCCGAUCUCUUACAGCAAAGCCAUUCCUCCUCCACUUCCUCCACCUCCUCUUCCCCAUCCUCCAGCCAGCUGACACCCACCAUGUCCCCACAGACACCCCAGGACAAGCUCACUGCUAAUGAGACUCUGUCUGCUAGUAGCACACUCCAGAAAAACAAAGCUUCUUCCUCCUUUACACCUUUUAUAGACCCCAGAUUACUACAGAUUUCUCCAUGUAGUGGGACAACAGUGACUUCUGUCGUGGGAUUUUCCUGUGAUGGAAUGAGACCGGAAGCCAUAAGGCAAGAUCCUACCUGGAAGGGCUCAGUGGUCACUGUGAAUCCAACCAACACUAGGCCACAGAGUGACACCCCAGAGAUUUGUAAAUACGAGAAGAGGUUUAACUCCGAGAUUCUGUGUGCUGCCUUUCGGGGAGUGAAUUUGCUAGUGGGUGCAGAGAGUGGCCUGAUGCUGCUGGACAGAAGUGGCCAAGGGAAGGUAUAUCCUCUGAUCAACCGAAGACGAUUUCAACAAAUGGAUGUACUUGAGGGCUUGAACGUCUUGGUGACAAUAUCUGGCAAAAAGGAUAAGUUACAUGUCUUCUAUUAGUCCUGGUUAAGAAACAAAAUACUUCACAAUGAUCCAGAAGUUGAGAAGAAGCACGGAUGGACAACUGUAGGGGAUUUGGAAGGAUGUGUACACUGUAAAGUUGUAAAAUAUGAAAGAAUCAAAUCUCUGGUAAUUGCUUUGAAGAUUUCUGUGGAAGUCUAUGCGUGGGCACUCAAGCCAUAUCACAAAUUCAUGGCCUUUAAGUUAUUUGGAGAAUUGGUACACAAGCCAUUACUGGUGGAUCUCACUGUGGAGGAAGGCCAGGGGUUGGAAGUGGUCUGUGAAUCCUGUGCUGGGUUUCACGCUGUUGAUGUGGAUUCAGGAUCAGUCUAUGACAUUUAUCUACCAGCACACAUCCAAUGUAGCAUCAAACCCCGUGCAAUCGUCAUCCUCCGCACAGAUGGGAUGGAGCUUCUGAUGUGCUAUGAAGAUGAGGGGGUUUAUGUGAAUACAUGUGGAAGGAUCACCAGGGAUGUGGUUCUGCAGUGGGGAGAGAUGCCCACAUCUGUAGCGUAUAUUAGAUUCAAUCAGACAAUGGGCUGGGGAGAAAAGGUCAUAGAGAUCUGAUCUGUGGAAACUGGCCACUUGGACGGUGUGUUUAUGCACAAAAGGGAUCAAACUAAAUUCUUAUGUGAACGCAAUGACAAGGUGUUCUUUGCCUCUGUUCGGUCUGGUGGCAGCAGUCAUGUUUAUUUCAUGACUUUAGGCAGGACUUCUCUUCUGAGCUGGUAG